CGUCGUCGCUGUCGCCGUCGCCGUCGCCAGUGGAGUUGACGCCGAGAGAAUUGGCACUCCGCACUAAUUGAAUUGGAAUUGCAGGGACACGGAAAAGUCACACGGUGCCGAUUUUGACUGGGACGCAACUACAGCGCACUAUAUUACUACUGCUGGUAUUACCGACUACCACCAGCCCCAGCCGGACCCCAUCCCGUCCAUCGCAGCGGGACCGUCUUUUUGUGCACCGUGACAGGCUGCAGCUGGUUGCUCGGCUAAAGCUUCCACUCUGCGACACAGCUACGACGCACGCCCAGCGUUCCGACGUCUUCCCCCGCCAUAAUAACUAACACGUCCAUAUUAGCCUCCUGCUACUUACUCCGCGCGCACAUGAUCCACCUCGAUCGGAAUCCUGCCGACCUCGACCCAAACCAAAACUCAAAUCUAAUCUCCUCCCCCGGCGAUCACCAUUCGUCGUCAACGACGGCGCCCACCCACUCCUUCCGCUGGCCAGAGGCCAUCCACGACCGUAAUGACUCUCACACUGACUAUGCCGCCCUCCAUGACAGCAUUCGCUCGGCCGAUGCCCUCCUCGACUUCGCCGUCGCCAAGGACAAACCGUCCUCCCCCCAACAACGGCCCACCCAUGACGUCGUCCACGAAGACAAGAGCUCACCCCUCUCCCCCGCCCCCGACUCUGCCUCCCCAAAUCACGACUCAAAGGACCUCCCUCAGCAACCUGUUCAGCCUAAAGUAGAGCCGCCCUCCCUGGACAAGGGCGAACUCGACGUACCGAGAGAAGGCACUCUUACUCCCCUCACAGAGCUCUCUCCUGCAGCGGAACUCGACGACGACUCCGAAAAGAAGGAUGACGACGAAAACAACCAACGACACUCUCCGCAGUUCAACUCCGGCUCCUCGCUCAGAGACGACAUCAAGCGUGACACCAAGGUCAAGGGCGACGCACCAUUCGGCACACACGUGAACGGCAUCUCGUCUUCCUCAUCUUCUCGGUCAAUAGGCAGCUCCCCAGUGCGACACCAGCCGCCAUCGACACCAUCCGCGUUUCAAAAUGCGUCAGAUUUGCGGUUGGCUGAAAAGUUUGCCGCCUCAUCUCACUCCCCCGCGCCGUCAAGUGAAUUCAUGACUUCCUCCAUGAUGCACGCACCCCAUAACAUGCCACCUCCAAAUAUGGCUCAUGCAUCUAACAACGCAAAGGUCAUCAGGAUCUUGGAACUCAACGCAGAGCUUUUCCAGGUUUGCCUAGAAUUUCAGGCUCGUGGUGUGCCAAUAGCAGACCUUCGUUUCCAACAGUACUCCCAACGUCUGCAGUCGAACCUCACUUGGUUAGCCGCAGCUGCAGAUCAACGGCAUCACCAUCCAAGCGUCGCUCUACCCAUCAUGACUCCUCCAACAGCUGUCGAGUUCUCCCCCGCUCGACUACAGCGUCUCUACUCUGAUAUGCCAGAGCUCUUCUCAAAAGAAAUCGCUCGUCGGAAAAUGCACAACGCUAACGUCAAUGUUCCCUCUUCACAUCCGCACUCCAACCAAACUCCACACACUAUGUCACCCUCGAAUGGACCCAUGCACCUCAAGCGGAAUAGGCCCGAUGAUGUCCCAGACCUAUCUACAAGUAAAAGGAGAGAUGUAGGCGACGGUAAAAUGCAUGCCUCCUCUGCGUCACCUUCAUCAGUCUCCCCAAAUCCGAUGAUAUCAGGUGCCGCCAGUAUGCCCUCUAUACCGGCAUCUGGUCCUGGCCAUGGUCCAGGUCCCGGUUCAGGUCAGAGUCCUUCCGGACACCAAAGUUUGGGUAUGAAUCCAGGUGCAUAUCUCGCUUCAGGUAUGGGUGCUACUGGUUCGGCGGGUCUGCGGGCAAGCCCGCCGGAUACGUUCUCUGGUUCAACGGGUGUCGGCGGUGUGGCGGCGCCUGGGACGCCUAGUAUACCACAGAGUCCGACCGUAUCAGCAGUCAUCGAAUGCGGGAAUGCCCCAUCCACCACCGGCUGGGAUGCCUGGAAUAGGUACCGCCGGGAUAUCGGGUAUGCAGGGUGGUACGGGGACAGUGACAAUACCAAGCUCAGCUCCUGGAGCACCACCGAACCUCUCCUCCUUUGGCACUCUAGAUCCUACUACGGUCGCGAACUUGCGAAGAUUGCAGGCGCACCAAAUGCAGGCAGCGGGAGCAGCAGAUCCGACAGCAGCAUCAGCAAGCCGCACAGAUGCAACACAUGCAACAAAUGCAGCAAACACAGGGGGGAGCAGCAGCACCUUCGCGACACAUGUCUCCUCCGACGCCUGUACAAGCACCGCAAGGUGGGAGUGGUGUAGGAGGAGGAGCCGGCGCACCGCCGAACCAACCCCAACAGCCCGGUCCUUCGCAGCAAGCACAAAUCCAACAACUUGAUGCAAAUAUUACAGAAUCCCAAUCAUCCACUCAUGGUGUACAUUAUGCAGCAUGUGCCGAACUUCUCUGCGUUUCCCUUGCCGCAGCAAUUGCAGAAGCUGCAGGCCUUUCAGCAAAUGGUGGCCCAAAGAAACCAACAAGCAGCAGCAGCAGCAGCGCAGCGCAAUCCUCAAUUGGGUGGGAUGCCGUCAAACGCGGGCAUGGCAGGUGGACUCCCCAACGGCACAAUGACUAG